AGUCGAACUGAUAUUGCGAAUCAGAGUAAAAAGCAGUACAUAAAUGUGAGUGUUAUUAAUGGAAGAAAAUACUAUAAACGAUUGUAGCGUACCUCCGUGUGCCGGAAGUUCGACACAAGCGGUACCUCUUCCCAUCCCCGAUGCCUGUAAAAACCCACUAACUUCUACGGAAAUCAUACAAAAUACCCAUGCGCCAGUGACAAGUUUAGAUCCAGAUGUAUUUACCUAUUAUCUAAGCUUGUCAAGAGCUAACUUUCAGUCGAUCAUGUCUGAGUCCGUACCUUCAACCGAAGGCUCUUUGGCGAAAAUUAUUGAUGCCUCAUUCGAGUCUUCAAAAAUUUUUUCGACGCUUCCAUUAUUCAGGGAAAUUACGAUCAGUCCCCUAUCCAAAAGGAACAAGGCGAUCUUGGAACUACUGCAAACUGAACAAAAAUACAUCCUGAGUCUGCUCACCAUGGAUGCGAUCUACCGAAGACCCAUUCUGGAAGCGUCGAAAAGAAACUUGAUUCAAAUUUCAGAAAGCUUGAUAAACAGAAUUUUUUCUGUCCACCUGGACAAUAUUGUUCACGUGAACUUCAUGCUGCUUCAGGGAUUCGUAGAACGUAUUAACAAUUGGAGCGAAGUGCAGACACUGGGCGAUCUCUUGUUGAAUCUGGUGCCAUUUUUGAAGACAUACGUUUCGUACAUGAGCAGUUACGACAUAACGGUGAAAAUUCUGGAAGAUGUUGAAAACAAGACAAUAUUGAAGAGGUUUUUCGAAAAUCGGUAUGGGCCUCCUAUUCUUGACUUGCGCUCUUACUUGAUCAUGCCGGUUCAGCGCAUCCCUAGGUAUCGACUGAUGCUCAAUGAGCUGAUAAAACACACGCCAGAGGAUCACCAGGACUACCCGGACCUGACCCGCGCUCUUUCUGAAAUCAACACUGUCGCAAACCUGAUAGACGAGGCGGUAGCGUUCCAAGAGAAGAGAGACAAGUUGCUGAAGAUCCAGGCACUGUUAGAGGGAGAAAAGAUUCAAAUCUUUGAAGCGGGCCGCGUUCUUUUGGAGGAGGGCGAGCUACUAAAGGUAUGCAGGAAAGACCAACAAAAGCGCUAUUUUUGGCUGUUCAGCGACAUACUGGUCUACGCAAAGCAAGUUUUCAAGGGGAGGUAUUCUAGGGCGCGCAAAUUCUAUCUGAACAAGAUGCUGACCAGGGAUAUAAAAGAUGAUAAAUCUGUGUACAAGAAUGCAUUUAGAAUAGAAUCCGAAAAAAAAUCAUUCGUUGUAUUGGCUCAAAAUGAAGAAACGAAAAAGAGGUGGAUGGACGCCUUCUCGAUGGCAAUUUCAAAAUCAAAAAGUUCUGCUGAGACAAUAAAAGACAAAGACUCAAUGCGCUCUAACCUAAUUGCGCCUGUAUGGAUUCCAGAUCACGAAGCUCUAACAUGCGCCAACUGCGGCGUCAAGUUUACGAUCAUAGAAAGAAGACACCACUGCAGGCGGUGUGGCAAUGUAGUUUGCACUUCCUGCAGCAACCGAAAAAUGUAUUUGCCUGGACAAGGUGUAAAGAGAGUAUGCAACACUUGCCACGAAAAGCCUAUCGAUAAGAGAUAUUCUAUCGAUCCCUAAAAAAGAGUAUUUGAUCCUAACAGCAUUGCAGCGGGCUAUACACGCACUUUUAGUGCUGAAUCGAAAAUUUCAGAAAACUUGUACCAAGAACAUACACUUUGAGGUCGUUCAACCAAUUUGUGUCACGAAGGAGAACAUGAACGCAUAACUUCGCGCUUUUUGUACCCGCCUCAUCUCAGUUUUAAAGCAACGCCCGGCAGCCAAGGUUGCUUGGUGGACGAAGAGCAGAUCGAAUUCAGUUCUCGGAAUUCUCUUAUAUGGAGGAGAAGGGAGUACGCGGUAGCGCCGGAAAUUCGGGUGUUCGCGCGGACCACGAACUGCGUAGGUAUCAGCAUAAGAAAAUUGUGCCGGACAAUAUUGAAAAAAGAGUGGUUCUUUCUUGACACAAAA